AGGUGCAGCAUGUAUGUGAGCGUGUGUGAGCCAGCAGAGCCGCCUGUGUGUUUACAUGUCAGCCUAUCAGUGCUGCCGGAUUUAGCGCAUCUGGAGAGGACGAAGGCAUUUCUCAAAUGCCCCUCAGACAAGGGAUUCUCAUCGCUGCAUAUAUCCCUCUUUCCCAUUUGAAUCUAGCCUAGUCUUGAAUCCUGCAUCCCUGUCUCCAUGCUUUCGGAGGCAUUUUGAAUUUCCUUGGCAACAUGGAGCUGCCUGAAUUAGAAUUCUCUGCAUGACAGUCCUGGUAAGCAGUAGGAUGGUGUUCGGGGAGGCAGGGGGGCACAGCUACUUGGUGGCAUGCUGGCAGCCCAUCCUGAUCCUCAUGCUCGGCACCGUCCUCUCCGGAUCCACCACCGGUUGCCCCUCACGAUGUGACUGCAACGGUCAGGAGCGCUCAGUCGUGUGCCACCGACGGCGACUGGCGGCUCUACCCGAGGGCAUACCCACCGAGACGAAGCUGCUGGACCUCAGCAAGAACCGGCUGAAAACUCUGGGGCCCGAGGAGUUCAUUAAUUACCCUCAGCUGGAGGAGCUGCAGCUUAAUGAAAACACAAUUUCAUCCAUUGAGCCUGGGGCUUUCAGCAACCUUAUGAACCUUCGAACUCUAGGUUUGCGCAGCAACCAGCUGAAGCUCAUUCAGCUCGGGGUGUUCACAGGCCUCACCAACCUCACCCAACUGGAUAUUAGUGAGAACAAAAUUGUCAUUCUGCUUGACUAUAUGUUCCAGGAGCUGUACAACCUCAGGGCUCUGGAGGUUGGAGACAAUGACCUGGUAUUCAUCUCACCCCGAUCAUUUCAUGGCCUCAGCAACCUUGAAAGCCUCAACAUUGAGGGAUGCAAUCUGGCCUCAGUGCCCACUGAUGCCCUCAGCCAUCUGCAUAACCUGUUGUCACUUCGAUUACGCUAUCUUAACGUCACUGUCAUGAGGGAUUACUCCUUUAAGAGGCUGUAUCGGCUCAGAGUGCUGGAGAUUUCUCAAAUGCCUGCCCUGGAUACCAUGACUCCAAAAUGCUUGUUUGGACUCAACCUCACAGCACUGUCCGUCACAAACUGUAAUCUUACUGUCAUCCCCUACCAAGCCAUCAGUCACCUAAGAUAUCUCCGCUUUUUGAAUCUCUCUUUCAAUCCAAUUCAUACUGUGGAAGGGAACCAACUGUUCAAUCUGCAGAAGCUCCAGGCGUUUCAUUUGGCUGGUGGGAGAUUAGCUGCCGUUGAGCCCUACUCUUUCAGAGGACUUAACCACCUUCGUGUACUCAAUGUAUCCAGCAAUAGCCUGAACACCCUGGAGGAGUCAGUCUUCCACUCAGUGGGAAACCUGGAGACUCUGGCUUUGUACGACAACCCGCUGGCCUGCGACUGCCGCUUGCUCUGGGUCUUCCGCCGGCGGUGGAGACUCAACUUCAACAGGCAACAACCCAUGUGUGCUUCACCUGAGAUAGUUCAAGGGAAAGAGUUCAAGGACUUCCCCGACAUUCUCCCUUCUGAUUAUUUCAUCUGCCAGAAAUCAAAGAUCAUGGAUUAUAAGGUUCAAGAAAGCCAUGUAGAUGAAGGAACCACAGUUCAUUUCACUUGCCAAGCUGAGGGUGAUCCGCUCCCUGUGAUAAUAUGGCUAUCCCCAAAGAAGGAAUACAUCACAACCAAAACUGUGGGUUCAAGACUUUCUGUGUCUAAUGAGGGCACAUUGGAGGUGCGUUACGCUCAAAUCCAAGACAACGGCACCUACUUGUGCAUUGCGAGCAAUGCAGCAGGCAAUGACACCAAAGCUGCUCACCUUUUUGUGCAUAGUUACUCCCCUAAUUGGCCCCACCAGCCAAACAAGACAUUUGCCUUCAUUUCCAACCAGCCCAGCGAUGAAGGUGCUAAUGUGACCCGGGCCACAGUUCCAUUUCCAUUUGAUGUAAAGACACUUAUCAUUGCAACCACCAUGGGAUUUAUCUCUUUCCUCGGAGUUGUCCUCUUCUGUCUUGUAAUAUUAUUUCUCUGGAGUCGAGGGAAAGACAAUACCAAGUCAAGUAUAGAGGUUGAAUAUGUGCCACGUAAAGAGGAACCAGAGGAGGCCAGUCCAACUGAGGCUCCCAUACAAUUCAACAUGAAAAUCAUGUGAACUUCAAAUGGAGGCCAUGUAAGCUUACAAACUGCAGUCGAGAUGCAUACUAUCUUCGCUUCGAAUAUGUACUCAGUUUAUGAGCGAUAGAAAUUGCACAGCAGCAAACGCAUCUUGACACUAUACCCUUGACUUUUUUUUUCCUUUUUUUUUUUACUUCAGGGACUGAAUCUUUAAAAAGUAAGAUGUUGAAUUUAAAAUAUUCAAAUUUCUGUAAAUUUGUAUUGGCAAUCAGUAUGUUAACAUGCACUCAAAACUCCAAUAACUGCGUGAAACCAAAUUAAGGAAAUGCUUUGAAUGAAGGACAUGGAUCACAGUAGAUGAAUUUCCAAAAAUAAACAGAGUUUAUAUGUUCGGUUGAUUAUCGUCUGGCAGGAUGUGAAAAUGAGUCUGCAGUCAUGAGCACAACAUAAAAGAAACUAUCCUGUUCGGGUUUUGUUGCUGUCUUUUGCUUUGAUUGAUGUACAAAGCACAAUAACCCAUUAUUAGAACCUAAGUUCUGCUGCUCGAAAUGCUUAGUUGAAAGAAAUUCCACUAUUGUCCCAUCACACGCAAUUGACAAGUCUGACAUGAGUUAAAGGUAUUUUUAGAUGAAUAGAAAAAUACAGAAUAUAGUCAUAUUUUGAGAGACUAAAGAAACUUUUAUGAAAUAACUCAUUAAAUUACAAAAGACCAACUUUAAAUGUUGCGAUUUUGCAAAAUACAAUAACAGAAUUUACAGAUAAAGUAAUAUUUUUGAAAGGUCUUAAUAUUUGGAGAAGGAAGUUGUUGAGAGAAUGUCAUGUUGGAAAGAACUCGCUUUUUUGGAUUGCCUGUCUUAAAAAUUAAAAUUUUAAUAUGAUGAAUAAAUUGGUGGAUGGGACACAGAGGAGUCAGUGAACCUUAUGACCCUUUGUUAGUCAGAGAGCAGAGGCCUUUAACAUCAUUAAAUUGUGUUUUGAUGUUUUCUCUGCACACUUUGGCACUGCUGCGUGGAAGAAAAGACAAGCAAUUUUAUCAUCUGGGGUUCAAUUAUACUGUGUGUAUCAGUUAUAAUAACUGUGUUAUUUCCUUAAUCUGGUAUCAUUCAAAUGUGCAUGUUAACACACUGAAAAAAAGAGAAAAAAAAAAGCCAGUCCUACAGUAUGUGCUCCUUUCUGCCAACAAAGGACGUUUGUCAUUAAAUGUAUUAACAUGUUCAGCUAUACAUAUUUUUUCUGUAUUUUAUUCUUUCCUUGUACAUUAUGCUAUGGCACAAUAGUAAUGCUUUUAAUGGCUGUGAGUUCUGAACAUAUUACAAUCUGAAGAGCAGAUAAAUAUUCAUGUUUUUUGACGUGACCAAACCAAAAGAGAGUGUUACAGCGUUUCAGAGAGCCCCUGAAAAUCAUCUGAUUAACAAUUUAUCAUCGAGUGUAACAAAGUUAAAUUUGUUUACCCAUUCUGGCAGCUCAAUAAGUGCGAGCGCUCUGUCCUGAGGUUAUAUUGUCACCGGUGUAUCUCAAAAAUGCUGACAUUAUUAAUUUGUUGCCUUAAGUAACCCAUUUUCCAGCUUUCAGCUGAGCAAUACCCAAUAUUAUGCGUAAAAUGGAGUUUUAUGCCUCAUAAGGAUUUUAUGUUGUCUAAUUAAUUUCACAGUCAAGGUCUGCUCUGAAGAUAAUGUGUUCAUUAACUCUUAAAAUACUUGUUUAAAAAGGGAUGGGCAGAUGGAAAUUCUAUUAAAAUAAAUAACAUUUUAUACUA